AUGGCUGUAGGGUCCGUGCUGCAGGAGCUGACGGUGCUGCGCCUGCCAGGCUGCGUGAGAGAGAGAGAAUGGAUGGAGGCUAUAUGGGAGGUAGUCCUGGGUUCCUCUCAGGUCAAAUGGAGGGGAGAAUCCAUUAUGGAAUGAUGACACCACUGCACGCUUCUCUGCCAAAGCCAUCUCACCCACUGAGACCAUGGGACCGCAGACACAGUCUCUCUCUCUGUGUCUCUCUGUGUCUCUCUGUGUGUGUCUCUCUCUCUCUCUCUCUCUCUCUCUCUCUCUCUCUCUCUCUCCUCUCUGUCUCUCUCUCUCUGUCUCUCUCUCUCUCUCUCUCUCUCUCUCUCUCUCUCUCUCUCUCUCUCUCUCUCUCUCUCUCUCUCUCUCUCUCUCUCUCUCUCUCUCUCUCUUCACAUGUGGCUGGCUAGAUUGCCGCACUAACACCAGAUAGGCAGAGAACUUUUAGCUUUCUCCCGUAAUCAUUUGUCAAAACAAUUAUGGAAAUGAAUUCUGACUCAGCCCUUUAUCGCUCGUGAGAAACUUCACGAGCUGGGGUCCUUUCAUUCCCACAGAAUGCCUUUCAACAAGGGCAUUAUUAUUUUAUCUAAAGGAUGGAUAUGAUUAGGCCUAAGGUUUAUAAUGGGUAUUGAGCUGAGAUCCUGCUGCAUAGGCCUCUUAUCUCCUUUGAGAAAUGAGAAUGCGAUUGAAGGAUUGCAGGGGAGGUUACAAUAGGAAACCAGAAAUCCCUGGUGGUUUUGUCUUUUCUUGAAUAAACCUUUGAUAAAAAUGUUGUCCUACCUGGUUGGGUACAAUGUGUUGCAUUUGCUCUCAUUUGAUGGAGAGCUGUAACAGACAAUCUGAAUAGUGAUAACAAAAGAAGUCUGUUUGAAAGUUAACAUUUUAUAAGCAUUUUAGCAUAUCAAAAACACUGGCAAGUUGGCAACAUUUAAGAACUUCAUAGUCCAUCCCAUGUUUUCACCCUGGUGUAUAAAAUAUGGAUAUCAUUAUCUGAAAAAGGCAUUUUAUUUUCAGUUUCUUCUCUAUCUUAUUCUGAUGACAGGCUUUUGUACUAAGUAAACAAGGAUUAUCAAAAGUAUUCAACUGUUCAACGUGGUGAAUUAUUGACUGUGUGUAUCUGGUGAGAAAACAAAUAGCCUUAUUCCGUAGGGCAGCAGCCCAGAGCCAGCACCCUGUAUCAGUAGGGGAAAGAUUAGGGGACAUUUCUCAUGGCUUUUAAACUGUAAAUAUAAAACUAUUUUUCUCCCAAAAUCACUUUGUAGUCAGAUUAUCCGGGCUUUCAGUUGGAAGUAAUUUUUGGGAGUAAAGGUCAGCCACUCACUCAACUGUCAAUCAUGCGUCUCAUAAGUGCUUUGACACUGCAGUCAGACAGUUAAUGUAAAGAUAAACCUUUUAUUUUCAGGAUAAUGCUAACAUAUCAUCAUACAAAGCUUGAACUUUCUUGCUGAUGUACAUUAAGGCUACUUUUAUCUCCUGAACCUGAGAAGAAUGCUAACACGUCACCAUACAGGUUUUUGCUGAGGGACAUUUACUUCCAUCUCCAGCACCUGUUCAAAGCCAUUGGAUAGGCGUUUGUUCUAUCCUGUCUCCCAUUCAAAUGUUCUUCCUGCCUCCACAGGUGAUCUACGCCCUCAACACCAAGAACGACGAGCACGAGGCGGCCAUCCAGAUACUGAAGGAGGCACAUGAGGAGGAGGUGCAGCAGAUCCUGUCGGAGACGCGGGAGAAGAUCAUGCAGUACAAGGGCAAGAUCAGCGACGAGAUGGACCUGAAGCAGCGCAUCCAGUCGCUGGAGGAGUCCAUGGAACUGCAUGAGCGCAUGAAACGCCAGGCCCUCACCGAGUUCGAGACCUACCGGCAGCGCGUGGAGGACAUGCAGCUGUGCACCGAGGCCCAGCACACACAGCGUGUGGUUCACCAUGUCCCGCGAGGUGGAGGAGAUGCGGCGCUCGUUCGAGGAGAAGCUGCGCUCCUUCGGCAUGGCGCAGGCCCAGUUUGAGCAGGAGAAGAAGCUGGCGCUGGAGGAGCUGAAGGCCAACCAUCGGCAGGAGGUGUCAGAGCUGCUCCGCAGCCACCAGAGCCAGAACCAGAACUACAGCAAGGACCAGGAGAAACUGGGCCAGCUGCACAAAGCUGAGGUGGAGUCCCUGUCGGAGCGCGUGGAGGAGGUGAAGGGGGACAAGAAGAGGCUGGUAGAGGAGUACGAGGCCAAGCUCAACAAGGCCCAGGCCUUCUACGAGCGCGAGCUGGAGGCCAUGAAGCGCACGCAGCAGCUCACCGCAGACAACCUGCAGGCCUGGAAGAAGACUGAGGCAGAGCUGCGGAGGGAGUUCCAGAUGCAGGAGGCAGCAUUGCAGAAGACCCUGGGGAAGCUGCGCUCCGAGCUGCAGAGGGUGCAGGAGGAAGGCACGGGAACACAGGGAGAAGUCCCACAAGUUGCAGGCCUCGCUCACUGCAGCCGAGAGCAACAUCAAGGUAAUAGAGGCUGUGGAGAUACCCCACUGUGGCUUAAAUGUCCCAAUGAAAGGCCCCAAAGCUAUUAGUCUUAAAGAGAUACACAUGUCAACUUCAUAGAAUAAAGAUAUGUAGCUAGCAUUGAUGUUGUAUUAUUACGGUAAUCUUUCGUUUAGCCCAGAAAGCAUUUAAUACAGGUAACUGCCAAAAUAAAGGAAACACCAACAUAAAGUGUCUUGAUAGGGCGUUGGGCCACCACAAGCCGCCAGAACGCCGCUCCAGAAUGUCCUAUAUGUAUUCAGUUAAGUUGAGCUCUGUUGACUGAGCCACACACACCCUUUAAACCACCUUUGCUCCUUUGAAACCCAUCUUUCAAAGUCACUGAGAUGUCUUCUAGCCAUGGGUAGCCAAAAUAAUGGGCAACUUUUUAUACAUGACUCUAAGCGUGAUGGGAUUUUUAAUUGCUUAAUUAAUUCAGGAAGUGUUUCCUUUAUUUUGGGAGCACCUGCUUUUAGUAUCCCUCAUUUACUCAAGUGUUUCCUUUAUUUUGGCAAUUACCAGAGUGUUAAUCCUGAAAAUCCCAGUAUGAUUUAAUUGUCAUUUAAUAACACUGGUUACUACAGAUAUUCCCUUUCAGUAAACCAAAGACCUAGCUAGCUAAUUUAUCUGACUGUGUUUUAUGGAUACCUCCCAGGAGCCCUUCCAGUCAGUUUAGUAUGAGAUGGGUGCCUACUGCUUAUCAGGAAGGCAGGUGUGACACGAUGAUAUCAGCCAUGCCGCCACAAUUUGAUUUUUCAUUAAGAGAAACAAAACAAACUGAGAGGGCGAUUAAAGCAUGUCCUCUCUCCCUGAACAGCUCAUUACACAUACACCUGCACCUGCUCAUCAGGGAAAUCACACCCUACGGACCAGUCAGAAUGGGAAAUCACACCAUACUAGACAAUGCAAAAUGCACCCCCUGUUUCACUCACUUCCAGAUGUUUAUUUUACUGUAGCUACAUUUUGUGUCCCUCUACAAAGAAUGCAGACUUAAUUUAGGCCUAGUGAAUGGCAGACAAUUUGGGGAAUGAAAGCCGGGCUGUAAAAUUAGUCUACAUUUGCCGCUUAAGAUACUCCAUCUUAUCUUCAAAUAGAUUUUGGGCAAGACUUCUGUGGUUUACACCCAGAUAUUCAUAUUCCGUUAGUGAGAUGGAUUUUUGCUUGAGGAAAUAUAGUCCCUUAAUCUAUUAAUUUAAAAAACAUCAACUCCUCCAUACAGAUUUAUCAGAAAAAGGUUUAAAACCCGCCAAACGAGUCAAGAUAUUAAUUAGAACUCCACUUGUAAAUGGGCUUUAUUCCCAUGGGAAAUGUAAAGCUAACUGACUAUUUCAAGGCCAUUCCAAUGUAUUACUUCAUAAGGAAGGAGUCCCUGAGAGCAGUAGACAACAUGCACUAUGCUGUAAACGCUUUCCAAUUAAGAAUGAAAGUGGCUGUUAUCUCUACAGAGAGUGCAAAUGCAGGAAUUAAAAAAGAGAGUGAUGGUGAUAAGAGAGAAGGAGAAAGAAAGAGAGAAAGUUAAAUGAUAAUUAGAGAGUAUGAGUGAGUGAGUCAUAAAUACUGUUUUCUUGUUUAGGGAGAGUGUAUGAACACAGGUCAGUGAGUUGAUCCUGUGCUAUGUGUGUCUGUGCCUCAGAAGUGUAGGCUAACCUGUGCUCUGUGUCUGUGCUCCAGGACUUGAGCAAACAGCUGGACGAGGUGACGCAAGAUGCCGAGAUCGUGGAGAUCCGACAGAAGGAAGCAGAGUGUGAGCUGGAGGCCACCAGAGAUCGUGUGCAGCAGCAGGCCACAGAGAUCCUCCUCAAAGCCAGUGAGUUAGCCUGCCACCCUCCUCCCCACCUCCUCUCUGUUAGCCUUCUUAACCUACCGGUACACUCUACACUCUCCUUCUCUUCCCCUCUUCCUCCUCCUCCUCUCUUCUUUUCCUCCUCCUACAGACAGACUAUGCACCCUCCUCUCCUCCUUCAUCCUCUCUCUGUUACAACCCACAGUACUACACUACCUGAAAAACACUAGUGAAUAUUGGCCUACUCCACUCUUGGUCCUACAUGAUUCCCACCAAUAUUGAAGUCUAUGUACACAGUAUCUCAGCAAGUCAUGAAAUAAUGUUGGUUCAAAUUUACCAGCCUUUGCACCAUUUUGCAUCUGUUAUUUUCAGGAAAAUAAAAAAGUAUAUUUGGUUUUAUGCCCUUCUGAAAAUAACAGGCGCACAGGCUCAAACCUAUAUAGGCUUCCAUCUGUCUAUUCACAAUUAUCUGUCACGCGGCUCUCUUUUCAUUCACUGGAGGUAGGUAGCUCCAGCUCCAGCUAACGUACCUGUUGACAGGAGAUUGUGCUGUGACAGAUCACCUCCCGGUAUCCCAGCAACAGAGGUCCAGUGUGCUCUGCAGCCUAGCCCCAGCUCUGCUCCGAGACCUCUUCACUCCCCUGGCUCUGGAAUGUACCCUGAUGGGGAUAGAGCUCGUCUACACCCUCACCUAACUCUUACAUAGCCCAUCAACAUCUGGUGUGGUUCAAAAAUGCCUCUCAUGCCAUGGUCAAGAUAUACAACAAGGACAGAGAGAAAACAACAUGUUUGCCUUUGUGUCUGUGGAAUUUUCCGUGGUGCCUAUUGUGUAGCUGUGUAGUACUGUAUCUGCAGGUCCAUGUUUGGCAUCACACCCAGAGAUGCUGCUGCUGGGAACACUAUCCUCUUAGCUUUGCAUUUGUUGGAGAAAGAGUAGUAGCCUCACGGCUACUUAGACUUAUCUGAAUUGCUGUAACAUAACUGUUUAAUGGUGAAAUGGUGUAUCCCUGCUUUAAUGGUAUUCAUAAGCCCAAGGAUGUGAAAGCCGUGUUCGAAUUAAUGAUGCCUAGUUUAAGGCGUGCUGCACUGUUUAUGGUCUAUACUGUGGCGAGCGCUAGUGUAGACUCUUACUAGUGAUGUCUUGCAUCAGUAUUUCAUCUGGCAGUGCCUGGCUGGGAUUCAAAGAGCCUGUGUGGACCAACUCAAACAUUGUCCCAGAAGGAUAAGCACACUUUAAACCAUAUGAAGUACUGCCUCACUGAAAUAUCAAUGUUUAAACAGUGCAUUGACACAGGUCAACUCUAUGGUAAUACUGCUGCAACGGGUAACCUCAUUCUACACUGAACAAAAAGAUAAACGCAACAUGUAAAGUGUUGCUCCCAUGUUUCAUCAAAAGCUUUUUUCUCGCAAAUUGUGUGCACAAAUUUGUUUACAUCCCUGUUAGUGAGCAUUUCUCCUUUGCCAAGAUAAUCCAUCCGUCUGACAGGUGUGGCAUAACAAGAAUCUGAUUAAACAGCAUGAUCAUUACACCUGUACCCCUUGUGCUGGGGACAAUAAACAGCCAAUCUAAAAUGUGCAGUUUUGUCACACAACACAAUGCCACAGAUGACUCAAGUUUUGAGUGAGCGUGCAAUUGGCAUGCUGACUGCAGGAAUAUCCACCAGAGCUGUAGCCAGAGAAUUGAAUGUUAAUUUCUCUACCAUAAGCCGCCUCCAACGUCGUUUUAGAGAACUUGGCAGUACAUCCAACCUGCCUCACAACCGCAGACCAUGUGUAUGUGUUAAGAUAAUUUAUUAACUAACUAUUUCAGUGUCUCGGUGCGUCUCCCAAAAGGUUGUAAGGCUUUUGGAUCAAGAAACGGACAGAGCUCCCAGUCUGAAAUAGUCAGGUCGUCUUUAUUCAGAGAAUUCUGCCCAGAGAAUUCUGUUAUCACAAUUUCAGAGUCCAUCUUUUAUACACACACGUCAUACAAAAAUCCCACCCCGCUUUAGGCAGGGCUGUAUUUUUCCACUGUACACAUCUUGUAAGCACACACCUGGGUUUAGCUCAUGUGAUUUUCCUCUGCUCUCCUGACCAUCAGGUCACACACACACACACACACACACACACACACACACACACACACGCACACACAUGUUCUUAUCAUAGUCUACUCCUUGCUCAGGUAGGCUGCAUUCUUUAGUUAUCGCCGGUCUCACAAUAUCCUGCAAGCCUUUUUUCACUCCCCUUUCCCUGUGUGUUUUGGGAACCAGUCUCCUGUUAUUGGUUUCAGUCGUUUUGCACUUCUGCUUUCUAAUUACAAGACACAAAUACUCUGUUGCUGUGAUAUAAAUACAUUUGAUUAACUCGCUAAGCUCUAGUCUACUAAUUAGUCAUACAUUAUUAGUUUAAUUGAGGGUGUGACAUUUUAGUAAUGUCUUACUCACACAUUUCUUUAUCAGUAUGGUGUCGUGUGGGAGAGAGAUUUGCUGAUGUCAACAUUGUGAACAGAGUGCCCCAUGGUAGCAGUGGGGUUAUGGUAUGGGCAGGCAUAAGCUACGGACAACGAAAACAAUUGCAUUUUAUCGAUGGCAAUUUGAAUGCACAAAAAUACCAUGACGAGAUCCUGAGGCCCACUGUUUAAGGUAUCUUUGACCAACAGAUGCAUAUCUGUAUUCCCAGUCAUGUGAAAUCCAUAGAUUAAGGCCUAAUGAAUUUAUUUCAGUUGACUGAUUUCCUCAUAUGAACUGUAACUCAGUCAAAUCUUUUAAAUUGUUGCAUGUUGAGUCUAUAUUUUUGUUGUAUAAUAACACUGUCUGGCUGGACAGGUCACAUUGGCAGCCUGCAGGCCACUCAGAUGACCCACGAGGCAGCCAUCCGGGACCUGGAGUCUGAGAAAUCUCGUCUGAAGGACAAGGUGAUGCGUCUAGAGGAGGAACGCGGGGCCCUCCAGAACAAGACCCACGCACUAGAUGACAGGCAGAGGCAACAGAUUCUAUCCCUGGAGAAGGUGAGCCUUCAGUGGGAUGGAGGGAACUAUAUGUCUGCCUCUCUGGAGCCUAGAGUUGUUUGAGGACAGACUGUUAUUCUGCACCAGCUCUUCCAAUAAGGAAAUAUUAGGUUAAAGUGCUCAUGGCUUCACUGGUACCUCAGCUGUUGCAGUGCCUAAAUCCACUCCUCCGUGUUUAAUUCACAAAACUCAACAUCUUGGAAAGAGAAAUUACUGGACAAAAAAAUAGCACUUUUGUUAACAUUUAGCUGAGUACUUUGAUUUAGCAAAGACUACGGUUUUGGUAUAAAUAGACAUCAAUUUUGCGUCACAGUUCGCUUCAUUUUGAGUCAAUGAUUAUUUAUGUUGUAUCUCAGCUAUUAGCCAUGGGCGUUUCUUCCAAUACAGUCACCACUUUGCUCAAAGCCAUGCUUUCUGGUUGGAAAAUAGCAUUUCACUUCAAUUAUUGAUGUCAGAGUACACAACAACCCAAAAAUAUUUUACGACUAAGCAUUUAGUUUGCUCCUUGGGAAGUCCCCCCUUGCUCUCAGGAGUUACAGACCCCUCAAAUAUGCAUUGCCUCUGAACUCACAAAACUACAAAUUGUUAUGCUGCUGAGCCAGUCAAAUUUGACCAACCUUUUAAAAAGAACAUCCAAAAAGGUCACAUUAUUUACGAACAGUUGCUCAGAAGACAAACUGUAGUUCCCCCGUAAAUGUCAAGCAUGAUCUAUUUUCCAUUCUGCAUUUCCAUUAUGGUAAAAUGCACUGUUGAAUCUUUCACCAUAUGCCGUUCUGAAUAUGUAAUAUGCUCUCAAGAUAGGGAGAGUGUUGUGUUGACAUUGGUGUGUCUUAAUGACAAUUCCCCCCAGCCACAUUCACUGCAAUGCUGUAGCCUGAAAAACUGAGAGCGAUGUUCUCACCUCUCCAGUUCCCAGGAAAUCUCUGUUCUGUUUGUCAUUACCAUAGCCUUGAGUUAGGUGUUACUAUGACAACUUGCUGUGAACGGAGAUGUGAGUACUUUGUGCAGUGAUCCACUGGGCUGCUGGCACUCUCUCUCUCUCUCUCCUCCAUUCUCUCUCUCUUAUCGUAUUCUCGCUUCUGUCCUCUCUCUCUGUCUUGUUGUCCUGUCUGUCGUCUGUAUGUCGGUCUGUUGUCUGUCUGUCUGUCUGUAUGUAUUUGUCUGUCUGUCGUCUGUAUGUCUGUCUGUCUGUUGUCUGUUGUUUCUAUUCUCUACUCUCUCUAUCUCUCUCUCUCUCUCAUUGCGCUCUCUAUUAUGUUCUCUCUAUUCUCUAUGUCUCUUCUCUGUUCUGUCUGUUGUCUGUCUAUCUGUUGUCUGUCUGGUAUGUCUGAUUCUCUCUCUCUCUCUCUCUCUUCUCUCUCUAUAUCCUAUCCUCUCUCUCUAUCUCGUCUCUGUCUCAUCUAUCUCUCUAUGUGUAUCUAUGUUGUCUCUCUCUAUCUUCUCUCUGUUCUCCUGCUCUCUCUCUCUCUAUAUCAUCUCUCUCUCUCUCUCUCUCUCUCUCUCUCUCUCUCUCUCUCUCUCCUUGUUUGAUAAUACAGGCCUCCCUCUCCGUUCGUUUUGGCUGGCUGCUUGAGCUUCAUCUUUGAAUGAGAAUGUGUCAGAGGGGAUUUGAAGCAUCUUUAGGCUGUCACUUUUUUCCACAACAAAACACCGACAGACAGACAGCGAGACUGAAAAGCAGAACAGCCGUUCAUGUGUUACCUGUGUGUUACUGACUCAAAUAGAUGCUCACUCAAAUUACCAAGGAAAUGUAAAUAAGACAGUAAUGAGCUUAGCAUUCUGCUCACAGCUGGUUUUAAUUAAACUAGAAUCAAGCGUCUUAGAUAAACACAUAGGGCUGACAGUCAUGGUGUUGUCUCUGUGUGUGUUGUUCCGUCAGACUCUACGGGAGGAGAAGCAGGUGUAUGAGAAGGAGAUGCUGAACAUGCGUACCAAAUACGAGGACGACACCGCCCACUUCAAAGAGUCACAGACCCGGGCGCUGGAGGAGCUGUCGAAAAAACACUGGACCACCCUGGAGAACACACAGACUACUGCCGAGAAGGAGAAGAGCCGGCUACUGGCCGUGAGUUACACACACACACACACACACCUCUAGUAACACAGCACUGCACCUACGCAACACACACACUGCGGUGAAACUACAGCUAUACACUGCUGCAAUGGGAUGGGAUUAACAUACACAGCAGUACACUGCAGUACACACUUGAAAUGAUCAGGCCAGGUUUUGUAAUGUUUUGUCACUCAUUUUGUGGCACAGAGUCUCCAUGGAUUACUGUCCACGCAGCCAGAGACAGUAGCCGCAGCAUCUCCCUUGGAGUCAGAACGUUGAAUAAGCGAAAAUGUUGUUCCAUGUAUGCAUGGUGUUGAAAUAUAAUUAAUAAUCAUUAAGUCUGAUUAAGACGAAGGUACCAAUGUAACAAUGGAUGUGGAAAUUGCCUUUUACAUUGCAGAACCAGUUUAUUGGUUGUAAUUGCCAAUUGGGUAAUUGUAUGGUCCUGGGGGCCAAGUGCUUAUAUUCUGCAGGCCUACCUGAUUGAGCUCCUGUUAGACAUUCGAUUUGGUUUCUCAAGGGGAGGCUGUACAGUCUUGCCCUCAACCAGUGUCUGUUCAGAUUGGACAGGUUAAGCCUGAUACAGAGGCUAUUUCUUUUGGGCUAUUGCCCGUAUAUAUUUGGUAAAUCUACUUGUAUAUUUUGUAUGAUAUGGCGCUUUCACCAUUGGAUCACCAAGACUUCUACACUCUGAGCACAUCAACCUGCCUUGCCUUCUGCUGAUUUCAAGGUCCCUCUUUUACAAUUACAUAGGCUAAUCAAAAUGUGUUGUUGACUAAAUAAUGAAAAGGGCUGUCUGGUAGCCUCAAUAAAUAGACAAAGAUUUGUAGUUGAACAAGUCGUUGCAUAGAUGUUUUUUUUACUUGACUUCAGACUUGACUUGAAAACUUGUGACUCGACUCGACUUGACUUGUUCUUCAAAUGCAUGAAUUGGACUUGACCCGUUCUAUUUGGGACUCGACUUGAAACUCUGACCUUGUGACUUAAGACUUGCUUGUGACUUGAAUAAUAGUGACUUGGUCCCACCUCUGGUUUGAAGUAGGUGUUAAUCAAUCACACAGACACAAAUUGCUGGUGGAACCACUGGAGAGAAAGAGAAAGAGUGGGGGAGAGAGAAAGAGAGAGAAAGAGUCAGCGAAAGAGAAUCAUCACCAUGGGCAGAACAGCCUCUCUUUUCUUCAAGCCCCUCCAUGUAAUUUGCAUGCAUGAAUUCCAGGCUUCGCUGCUCUGAUUUGGUUCUGCAGCUUGGCAGCCACUUGUCAAGGCAAUCCCACAAGUGUUGA